AUGGCCACAGCCGCCACCGCCUCCUCCUCGUCUUCCAACAACGGGAGCGCGCGUGAGCACCUCCUGGCGGUGCGCAGGCGGACCCCUCACCCCAGGCCCUACACCAUCGGCCCCGAGCACCUGCGGGGGCUGUCGGGUUCGGGUCAGACCGCCGUGCCUCACCCUCACUCCUCCUCCCCCUCUUCGGCGCUGCAGACCGAGGAGCCGCAGGAGAGCGCGGCGGUCGGGCUGCAGCGCGCCAACAGCGACACGGACCUGGUGACGUCGGACAGCCGCUCCUCGCUCACUGCGUCCACGUACCAGCUCACCAUGGGACAGGGCCAUCUGGUCAUCUUCUGGGACAUCAAGGAGGAGGUGGACGCCACGGACUGGAUCGGCUUGUACCACAUCGAUGAGUCGUGCGUGGCGAACGUAUGGGACUCGAAGAACCGCGGCGUGAACGGCACCCAGAGGGGCCAGGUCGUGUGGAGGCUGGAGCCGGGGCCCUACUUCAUGGAGGCGGAGACAAAGGUUUGCUUUAAGUAUUACCACGGAGUGAGCGGCGCCCUGCGAGCCACCACGCCCUGCAUCACGGUCCGGAACCCUGGAGUGGCUUUGGGCAGUGACGGACAAGCGGAGGAACAGCUGGGGACCGAACACUGUCGAAAACUGGUCAGCUUCACUUUGGCAGAAAUUGCAGCAGUUGGAUUAAAAAAGGGGAUGUUCUUCAACCCGGACCCGUACCUGAAGAUGUCCAUCCUGCCGGGGAAGAGGAGCGCCCUGCCCAAGUUCACACACCACGGCCAGGAGAGAAGAUCCUCCAUCAUCGCCAACACCAUCAACCCAGUGUGGCAAGGAGAGAAAUACACCUUCGUGGCGCUGAUGACGGACGUGCUGGAGAUCGAGGUCAAAGAUAAGUUUGCAAAAAGCCGCCCGAUUAUCAAGAGGUUCCUGGGACAGCUGAUCAUCCCGGUUCAAAGGCUCCUGGAUGGAUCGGCCGCAGACGAUCAGCCGGUCACCUACAGCCUCUGCCGUCGCCUUCCCACGGACCAUGUGAGCGGUCAGCUGCAUUUCAAAGUCUCCAUCACCUCCACUGGACAAGAAGAAGCUUCUCCGGACGCGGUGGGAGCCAUGUUGGCCGGUGCGGUGAACGGCGACCCGGGCAGCCCCUCUGACGACGAGGACCUGCCCCACCCUCACGCCUCGUCCUCCCGCGCGGCCUGCGGCGCCUCCCCCACGGGCUCCGACGAGGGCUCCCUGCUCAACGGGGCCGGUUACUACCACGACGUGUGGGCGGAGCCGGGUCAGGGGCGGGACAAUGGUGCGGCGGCGGCGGUGGAGGCAGGCAGCAGACACACGCAUCGACAGGUGUCUCUCAACGACUACCUGGACGCGCUGGAGGCUCAGAGAAGCGCCCAGGAGCGGAGUCUGCUGGGACCGUCCCCCAAACUGAGGUCCAGCUUCCCCACCGACACCAGGCUCAACGCCAUGCUGCACAUCGACUCUGACGAAGAGGAGGAGAGCGGUGAGCAGAGCACAGAACAAAGCCAAGGAUCAACAUCGCAACAGGAGAACGGAGCGGCUAAAGACAGAACCAGUUUGACAUCUCAGGACGUUCAAGAGGAUUCAAGUGGUCAAAACAAAACCGAAGAGACCGAGACGUGUGGGGGUCCAGGCGGAGAAGAGACCGCCUCCAACCACACCCCUGAGAUCACUGUUACUACUGCUGCUGCUGCUGCUGCUAACGAUAUGGGAUGUCCAUCAGAACCUGCCUCCACCUCAGCCCAGUCUGAAGCUGCAGCAGUGGGCGGAGCUGAAGGAGCAGUGGGCGGGGCUGAAGCCGGUGCAGUGGGCGGGGCUGAAGCCGGUGCAAUGGGCGGGGCUGAAUCAGGUGCAGUGGGCGGGGCUGAAGCGGGUGCAGUGGGCGGGGCUGAAGCCGGUGCAACAGACCCCGGUCUGGAGUGCACCUGUCCCAACCAGAACCAGAACCAGAACCAGAACCAUAACCGGACCAUGAACCAAGAGGUCCUGUGCAGCUCUGCCCUGAUGUGUGGCCCUCUCUCCCCCAUCGAGGAGGUGGACAUGGGUAAAGAGAUGGCCCCCAAGGCAGAGGAGGAGGGGGUGGAGUCGUCCAGCAGUGAGGCCAACGGUCCAGUGGAGACAUCGGGCACAGAGAGAACGGCUGAUUCUGAACACGGAGCCAGAGGCGGCAGCAGCAACAGCAGCAGCAGCAGGGCGGGCUCUCAGGGGCCAGAGGGGGCCGAGGCUGGGGGCGUGUGGAGGAGACGGCGCUCUCUACAGGCCGCUGGAGGAAUGUCUACAAACCAGCCGCCAGACUCAGGUGGAGGCACUCAGGUCAAUGGGCAUCAGACUGUCCGCACUCUGCCAUCUGUGCACCAUGACAUCAGCAGAUACCAGCGCGUGGACGAGCCGCUGCCUCCGAACUGGGAAGCGCGCAUUGACAGCCACGGCCGUAUUUUCUAUGUGGACCACGUGAACCGGACCACCACCUGGCAGAGGCCCACAGCGCCCCCUGCCCCCCAGACCAUGCAGAGGUCCAGCUCCAUUCAGCAAAUGGAGCAGCUCAAUCGAAGGUAUCAGAGUAUUCGCCGGACUAUGACCAACGACAGUCGCCCGGAGGAGACGCCGCCGGAGGCCGAGCUGCUGUCAGAUGAGAUGGACUCGCAGCCUUCAUCCGGAGACCUGCGGCGGGACCCCAGCCCGGCCCCUCCCAGCUCCAGCUCCCGCUCUCGCCUCACCCUCCUGCUCCAGUCGCCCAGCGCCAAGUUUCUCACCAGCCCCGACUUCUUCACUGUACUGCAUUCCAACCUUAGUGCCUACCGUAUGUUCACCGCCAACACGUGUCUCAAACAUAUGAUCAGUAAAGUGCGCCGCGACACGCACCACUUCGAGCGUUACCAGCACAACCGCGACCUGGUGGCCUUCCUCAACAUGUUCGCCAACAAACAGCUGGAGCUGCCGCGGGGCUGGGAGAUGAAGCAGGACCACACCGGCAAGACUUUCUUUGUGGACCAUAACUCUCGGGCCACCACCUUCAUCGACCCGCGGCUGCCUCUGCAGAGCUCGCGACCCCCGAGUGUCCUGGCUCAUAGGCACCACCUCACACGCCAGCGCAGCCACAGUGCAGGGGAGGUCAGCCCCAGGAGACUGGCUGGAGAGGACCCCCGUCACCCCGGCCCCCCGGUCCUCCCACGCUCUUCCAACACCUUCACCUCCUCAGGCAGAGUGCAGAGCCAGGACGUGGUUCCAGUGGCUUACAAUGACAAGAUUGUAGCGUUUCUACGGCAACCCAACAUCUUCGAGAUCCUGCAGGAGAGACAGCCCGACCUCAGCCGCAAUCAUUCACUCAGGGAGAAGGUGCAGCUGAUCCGCACAGACGGAGCCUCAGGUCUGGCCCGGUUGUCUGGAGACGCCGACCUGGUCAUGUUGUUGAGUUUGUUUGAAGACGAGGUGAUGUCUUAUGUGCCUCCACACGCCUUACUGCACCCCAGCUACUGCCAGUCGCCACGGGGAUCGCCGGUCUCCUCUCCGCAGAACUCGCCUGGGACCCAGCGAGCCAACGCCAGAGCUCCAGCGCCCUACAAGAGAGACUUCGAGGCCAAACUCCGCAACUUUUACAGGAAGUUGGAAACAAAAGGCUACGGCCAGGGCCCAGGGAAGCUAAAACUGAUCAUUCGCCGAGACCACCUCCUGGAAGACGCCUUCAACCAGAUCAUGUGCUACUCCAGGAAGGACCUCCAGCGCAGCAAGCUCUACGUCAGCUUCGUCGGAGAAGAGGGGUUGGACUACAGCGGCCCUUCCAGAGAGUUCUUCUUCCUGGUGUCGAGAGAGCUUUUUAACCCUUACUACGGACUGUUCGAAUACUCCGCCAACGACACCUACACGGUUCAGAUCAGCCCCAUGUCGGCCUUCGUCGACAAUCACCACGAAUGGUUCAGGUUCAGCGGCCGUAUCCUGGGUCUGGCCUUGAUUCACCAGUACCUCCUGGACGCCUUCUUCACCCGACCCUUCUACAAAGGCCUGCUGCGCAUUCCGUGCGAGCUGAGCGACCUGGAGUACUUGGACGAGGAGUUCCACCAGUCCCUGCAGUGGAUGAAGGACAACGACAUCGAGGACAUGCUGGACCUCACCUUCACCGUCAACGAGGAGGUCUUUGGACAGAUCACGGAGCGCGAGCUGAAGCCUGGAGGAGCCAACAUCCCAGUGACGGAGAAGAACAAGAAAGAAUACAUCGAGCGGAUGGUGAAGUGGAGGAUCGAGCGCGGCGUGGUGCAGCAGACCGAGAGCCUGGUCCGAGGAUUCUUUGAGGUGGUGGAUGCGAGGCUGGUGUCUGUGUUCGACGCCCGGGAGCUGGAGCUGGUGAUCGCUGGGACGGCUGAGAUCGACCUGUCGGACUGGAGGAACAACACGGAGUACAGAGGAGGUUACCAUGACCACCACAUCGUCAUCCGCUGGUUCUGGGCGGCGGUGGAGCGCUUCAACAAUGAGCAGAGACUCCGACUCCUGCAGUUUGUGACCGGGACGUCCAGCAUCCCGUACGAGGGGUUUGCUGCUCUGCGUGGGAGCAACGGACCUCGCCGGUUCUGUGUGGAGAAGUGGGGAAAAGUGACGGCUCUCCCCAGGGCCCACACCUGCUUCAACCGCCUGGACCUGCCUCCGUACCCCUCUUUCUCCAUGCUCUUUGAGAAGAUGCUCACCGCAGUAGAAGAAACCAGCACUUUUGGACUUGAAUGA